AUGGGAAAACAGAAUCAGGCGGUGAAGGCUGUAUUAUUACAAUUUGAUGAUGUUGCUGAAUGCAUAGAAAAGUUAAAUUGCUAUACGCAACAAUCGGACACACCCAGUGAUUGCGAUUCCGUUUCAAACGAAAUGUUUAGUUUGGAAUUUAUCAUAUUAUUACAUAUAUACUAUGAAUUAUUAAAGUGUGUCAAUACCAUAAGCAAAUUAUGGCCAUCUGUACAAAUCCAUUUAAGCAUUACUCUUGAACAUUUGCGUACAUUUUGUGACUGGAUCAAACAAUAUCGAAAAACUGGAUUUAAAAAAUGCUUGUCUGACGCUCGUCAGUUUGUUGAGAAAAGCAGUUAUGAUUUGCCAAAAGAUUUUAAAAAUAAAAGAGUAGCCAAAAAGAAAAGGAUGUUUGAUUAUGAAGGCAGCGAUCAACCUAUAGAGACUGUUAGAAGCAACCGGUAUGAAACAGAGUUUCUUAACACCAUGAUUGAUUCUGUGAUAAGUAACAUGGAAUCGAGAUUUAUGUCUUUAUAA